AUGGCAACUCCUGAAUGCAAGGCCCAUCUGGGGUAUAACGCCCAGAGUCUCUCAGAGUUGAAGAUUGUGCUUCUGGGAUACAGAGCUGCUGGGAAGAGUUCAUCUGGAAACACCAUCCUGGGAAGACAGAAGUUUGAUGCUGUAGGGAGAAGAGCUCAGUGUGUGAAGAGACAAGGAGACGUAGGAGGGAGGCAGGUCACUGUGGUGGAGGCUCCAGGAUGGUUAAGGGAUGCUCAGUUGAAGGACACUCCUGAACUGACUAAAGAGGAGAUUGAGCUCAGUGUGUCUCUGUGUCCUCCUGGACCCCACGCUCUACUGCUGGUCAUACGUGUGGAGACUUCAUUCUUAGAGACAGAAAGACGGUCAGUUGAGGAACACCUGGAACUUCUCAGUGAGAGUGUGUGGAGUCACACUAUAGUGCUGUUCACCUUUGGAGAUUGGCUGGGAGACACAUCCAUUGAGCAGCACAUUGAGAGGGAAGGAGAUGGUCUGCAGUGGCUGGUAGAGAAAUGUGGGAACAGGUAUCAUGUCCUCAACAACCACAAGAGAUAUGAUCACAUGCAGAUCACACAGCUGAUGGAGAAGAUAGAAGAGAUGGUGGCAGGAAACAGUGAAACUCACCACCUGUCUGUUAUGAGGAUUGUGUUGCUGGGAUACAGAGCUGCUGGGAAGAGUUCUUCUGGAAACACCAUCCUGGGCAGACCGAAGUUUGAUGCUGUAAAGACAACAGCUCAGUGUGUGAAGAGACAGAGGGAAGUAGGAGGAAGGCAGGUCACUGUGGUGGAGGCUCCAGGAUGGUUAAGGGAUGCUCAGUUAAAGGACACUCCUGAACUAACUAAGAAGCAGAUUGAGCUCAGUGUGUCUCUGUGUCCCCCUGGACCCCACGCUCUACUGUUGGUCAUACGCGUGGAGACUUCAUUCUCAGAGACUGAAAGACAGUCAGUUGAGGAACACCUGGAACUUCUCAGUGAGAGUGUGUGGAGUCACACUAUAGUGCUGUUCACCUUUGGAGACUGGCUGGGAGAUACACCCAUUGAGCAGCACAUUGAGAGGGAAGGUGAGAGUCUGCAGUGGUUGAUAGAGAAAUGUGGGAACAGAUACCAUGUCCUCAACAACCAGAAGAGAUAUGAUCACAUGCAGAUCACACAGCUGAUGGAGAAGAUAGAAGAGAUGGUGGCAGGAAACAGUAAAUCCCACCACCUGUCAAAACUGAGGAUUGUGUUUCUGGGAUACAAAAUAUCUGGGAAGAGUUCAUCAAUGAACAGCAUCCUGGGCAGAGAAGAGUUUGAUACAGAGAGACCAGCUCAGUGUGUGAAGAGACAGGGAGACGUAGGAGGGAGGCAGGUCACUGUGGUGGAGGCUCCAGGAUGGUUAAGGGAUGCUCAGUUGAAGGACACUCCUGAACUGACUAAAGAGCAAAUUAAGCUCAGUGUGUCUCUGUGUCCUCCUGGACCCCACGCUCUACUGCUGGCCAUACCUGUGGACACUUCACUCUCAGAGACAGGAAGAAAAUCAGUUCAGGAACACUUGGAGCUUCUCAGUGGGAGAGUGUGGAGUCACACUAUAGUGCUGUUCACCUGUGGAGACUGGCUGGGCGAAACACCCAUUGAGCAGCACAUUGAGAGUGAAGGAGAGAGUCUGCAGUGGCUGGUAGAGAAAUGUGGGAACAGAUAUCAUGUCCUCAACAACCAGAACAGAGAUGACCACAUGCAGGUUACACAGCUGAUGGAGAAGAUAGAAGAGAUGGUGACAGGAAACAGUGGACAGCAUUAUGAGAUUGCACUUCUGGAUGCAGAUCUCAAGCUGGGCCAGAGGAACUACAAGCAUGUCCUCCUGUUAAAAAAGCCAGAGGCUUUCAUUUUACGCUACCAAGAACUGUCCGUCAGGAAGACUCAAUCCUCAGCAUGGCCUUCAUCUCCAUCCCACCUAGACUCUUCUAGUUUGCCUCCAAGAAUGCAGAGGUCAGAUCACAAAACUGACGUGCAUCAUGACUCGUUGCCAGAGUAUCUUGCAGACACUAUUCAAAUCGUGCUCUCGCGAGAACUCUGGAUUUCCAGCGCAUCAAGCUUUGGCUCUGAGUUCACUCUGACCUUCAGUGGGGUCCAGGCUGAGGAUGCUGGACGUUACUACGGCGGGUGGAGGCUCCGUCUGGAUCAGCAGUAG